AUGGCGGGCGGAAAAACUCCUAGAGCGCUUCUCCGAACACUCCUCGCGACUCUCCUUCUCUCCUGCCUUCUGCUCCCACUCUCUCCGGUGCGCGCGUUCGACUUGGACUGCGCAAACGAGGCCAGCGAGUCCGUUGCCCCGCCGCCUGUAUGGAAGCGGGAGGCAGUGGUGCCCGCAGUGGUGCCCGCAGUGGUGCCCGCAGUGGUGCCCGCAGUGGUGCCCGCAGUGGUGCCCGCAGUGGUGCCCGCAGUGGUGCCCGCAGUGGUGCCCGCAGUGGUGCCCGCAGUGGUGCCCGCAGUGGUGCCCGCAGUGGUGCCCGCAGUGGUGCCCGCAGUGGUGCCCGCAGUGGUGCCCGCAGUGGUGCCCGCAGUGGUGCCCGUGGCCGCCCCGUCCGUGGAUGGGAAGGAGGUUAGAUUGAUGGAGGUUGUUUAG